AUGGCCAACAAUGUUCUCCUAAAGAUAAUGGAUAAUAACAUGUUAACCGGACCCAACCUUAAGGAUUGGCUAAGAAAUCUCAUAAUCGUUCUAGAUUUCGAAAGGAUUGCUUAUGUCCUGGAAGCACCUCCUCCACUUGAUAUUGGACCGGAUGCUCCACAAUCUGAGCUUAAUGCUUUUGAAAAGUGGCAAGAGGAUAGUAGGAGGCCUAGAAAUUACAUGCUAGCCUCGAUGAAUAGAGAACUUCAAACUAAGCAUGAAAAGGUUUCGAAUGCUUAUGAUAUCCUCACAGCUCUACAAGAGUUUUAUAGCGAAAAUCCAAGAGUGGUUGAGUAUGAGUUAUGUGCAUCCCUCAUUAGCAUGAAGUUGAGGGAAGGAGUACCUCCAGAUGAUCAUACUAUUAAGCUGAUCAAUGGAUUAGGUCGACUGGAUGGAUAUGGGGUGAUCAUGCUAGACUGCCUCAAAGUGAAUUUGAUUCUUCAAUCCCUUCCUUCAAGUUAUAAACCAUUUAUAACUAACUAUAAUUUCAAUAGGAUUGAGCGAAACCUCUCUAAAUUGCUAAAUGAGCUUCAAGAAUUUCAUAGGUAA